CCGCCUUCAUGUCUGCCUUCAGCGGGGUUUUCUGUUUUUUUUUCUUUUCUGGUUCAACGCGUCUUCCAUCAUGAGGUCGUGGCGUCGCCCGGGCACCAGGAAAUGGAGGCAGAGCCGCGGUGGAUGAGUUUGUAGCUGCGGCUCAGAACUGGGAGGAGAAACAACCGAGACGACAGGCGACGACUUCCAGCUCUUGAGAGUUGUUUUAAUCUAAACCUCACAGGCUUCGUGCAUCCGCAGGAGAAGAUGAGCGACGCGACUCAGCCCAAAGUGGAGCUGUUUGUGAAGGCGGGGAGCGACGGCCAGAGCAUCGGAAACUGUCCUUUCUCCCAGCGUCUCUUCAUGGUGCUGUGGCUGAAAGGAGUCACCUUUGACGUUACCACCGUGGACAUGAAGAGGAAGCCUGACAUCUUGAAGGACCUGGCUCCCGGCGCUCAGCCGCCCUUCCUGUUGUACGGUGGCGAGGUGAAAACUGACACCAACAAGAUUGAGGAGUUCCUGGAGGAAAGUCUCUGCCCUCCAAAAUAUCCACGUCUGGCCGGUCGUAACCCAGAGUCCAACACAGCCGGCAUGGACGUCUUCUCCAAAUUCUCGGCUUACGUCAAGAACUCAAACCCUCAGGCCAACGAAAAUCUAGAGAAAGGCCUGCUGAAGGCUCUGAAGAAGCUCGACGACUACCUCGGCUCCCCACUUCCUGAUGAAAUCGACGAGAAUAGCGCCGAUGAGGUCACUACCUCAUCCCGCCCCUUCCUCGACAGCCAAGAGCUUACUCUGUCUGACUGCAACUUGCUGCCUAAGCUCCACAUCGUGAAGGUGGUGUGUUUGAAAUACAGGAAAUUCAGCAUCCCUCAGUAUCUAACGAACCUGUGGAGGUACCUGAAUGCUGCGUACGCCCGGGAGGAGUUUGCCUCCACCUGUCCGGUCGACGACGAGAUCCACAUCGCCUACUCCUCUGUAGCCAAAGCUCUCAAGUAGGAGGACAGCAGGAUGCACAAGUCGCACAUACACCAGCAGAACAACACACAAAAAGCACAAAAACAACACACAUUCAAUCUGCAAGCAACGUGAUGGCUCUGAUUCUCUGUUCCUGCAGCUUUUAUGCCCGUUUCCUUGUUUCAUGCAGCUUUAAAAGUUCAUAUUGUACUCAUCACGGUUUCAUAACCAACCAAAAACAUUUAAAAGUAUUUGAAGGAUGCUCCCUUCCGCUAUCGAGCCACAAAGUUGUUACCGUCUACGCAGACAAUUCGACCUCAUAGUUUCAGCUGCAGUCGUGGAUGUAGUUCUCUCUCGUAUGUCUAAAGUUUUCUUUCACUCUCAAGUCUGUGUGCCUGACACAAAUGGGUUCUUUCCCGACUCAUACAACAUCCGUCGACCAAGUUUGGUGGUAAUCCGUCCAGUAGUUUUUGUGAAACCCUGCUAAUUUACAGAUAGAAGAACAAAGCGAAAACAUAACCUCCUUGGCCGAGGGAAAAAGUUCAAUCCAGAUUAAAGUUACUUGUUACUUGUUGACUGCCCUCAUAGCAUCUGAGUUUUCCUGCACAACCUCAUCACGUUGCUUGAAGACACACACACACACACACACACACUUAAAACUACAGCCUUGCUUGUGUACAUUUUCACCAUCAGUAGAUUUACACUGUAACGUUGGAAAUGUUUCUUCAUCCCUUCUCGACAAUGACAGUGGCUACAGUUUAUUCCUAAUAAUUGUUAUUUACGGAGAAUCAAACAGACACAAAGCUGCCUACGAGAUCAGACUUUCACUAGAACCUCGCAAGCCUCUUACAAGCUGAUUCAGCUCUUAUUUUCCGUCUUGGUAUUAAGGACAUUUGACGAUCCUAAAAAACUAAAAUUACCAGCUCACCUGCCAAAGUGUCUUUUGUGGUUUGUCUGUAAUCGCAGAUGCUUCACAUUUGAGUUUUUUAUUUCAUUACUGAGGGAACAAGGCCUUGAAUUUUGUAUUAAAGCCAAUUUUCAUUCAAA